UGGUAUAAUUUAGCUUCAGAUGGGUUUGAUACCCGAGCUAAAUGUCAAUAAAGAAAAACAACUGCCCAACAGAUGUACGUGACAACUCGAUUAUGGCCAUUCAUUUACCAUAAAGGCCAUAGUAGGUGCGCACUCGGAAUAAUCAGGUGCGCCUUAAGUGUGGAAAUUUACCGACGUGCUGCAAAGUUGCUACAGUGGAGGUAAACUUUGCAUCCAAGUGAGACGAAGAGGGGAAGAUGGCGCAGCGCAACAACUGUGCCACGUCUCGUUUCAGCGGAGAAAUGAAGAAAUACCCCCGAAAUGUCGUCGUGGUCUUCUUAGUAAGUUUAUGCAAGCUUUUACCCUCCACGGUGGUGGCCGGGCUGUACACGGCGUCCGACCAGAUCAUCCUGCUCUCCCCGGACAACGUCAAGCCUGUUUUGGUUAACUCCAGCACGGCUAUCGUGGUGGAGUUCUACGCGUCGUGGUGUGGACACUGCAUCGCAUUUUCGCCCGUUUAUAAACGGCUGGCGAGGGAUAUUAAAGAAUGGAAACCUGCAGUGGACCUGGCAGCUAUCGACUGUGCUGAUGAAGAAAGCAGGAAGGUCUGCACAGGUUUUGGCAUCAGAGCAUAUCCUACUUUGAAGUUCUUCCAUGCUUAUGGCCAGAAUGAUUCUGCUGGACAGGCUUUUAAAGGUUUUCCCCGUGACGUCCGAGGUCUCCGACACCACAUCGUUGAUCAACUGGAAAACCACCAAGAGCCGUGGCCCCCCGCCUGCCCCCCACUGGAGCCUACCAGUCAAGCUGAAAUUGACAUCUUCUUGGAGACAAACAACGUCCAACACCUUGCUUUGAUCUUUGAGGAUGUCAGCUCCUACAUCGGUAGAGAGGUGACCUUGGAUUUGCUACAGUUUGAGAAUAUUGCAGUGCGCAGGGUCCUGAGCACUGAGGAAGGCCUUGUGACCAAAAUGGGAGUAACAGAGUUCCCGUCCUGCUACCUUUAUUACCCUGGAGGCAACUUCACCAGACUCAAAGUCAACAUCGAGGCCCGUGCUUUCUACUCCUUCGCCCUCCAAAGGCUUCCCGGUGUUGUACGUUCAGGGAAGCCCCCGCCUGUCACCACAGACCUCAUCAACAAACAGACAGAGGAUCCCUGGAGACCCUUCAACAGGUCCAGCGUGUACAUGGCUGACCUGGAGUCAACGCUGCACUACUCACUGCGAGUGGAGCUGGCUGCUCAUCCCGUCAUCACUGGAGAGGGGCUGACUUCUCUCAGAAAGUACAUCUCCGUCUUGGCAGAGUACUUCCCUGGCCGCCCGAUGCUGAUGAACCUGUUAAAGUCCCUUAAUUUGUGGCUACAGAACCAGGCUGGUAACCAGGUUUCCUAUCAGGCUUUCUUGGAAAUCCUGGAAAAUUCAGCACAGGCUCCAGACACUGCAUUGCCCGAGGGCGUGAGGUGGGUGGGUUGUCAAGGGUCACAACCCCACCUCCGACGUUAUCCUUGUGGCGUGUGGACUUUGUUCCAUCUACUUACAGUCCAGGCCAAGAAGUCUGACGGCUCAGAUCCCCAGGAGGUGCUGAGUGCAAUGAGAGGCUACAUCCGUAACUUCUUCGGCUGUAGGGCAUGUGCCGAACACUUUGAGAACAUGGCGAAGGAGAGCCUGACAGAGGUGAACACAUACUCUGCUGCCAUUCUCUGGCUUUGGUCCAGACACAAUCGUGUCAACAACAGAAUAGCAGGUUCUUUGAGCGAGGAUCCCAACUUCCCAAAGAUCCAGUGGCCGUCGCCAGACAUGUGCAAAGCCUGUCAUACCGUCAAGGACAACGGAGAGCACAGGUGGAACAACGAGCAGGUUCUGCCCUUCCUCCAGACGUACUUCUCAGCCGAGCGCAUCCUCACAGACUACCUGGAAGAUGAAAGUGUAGUUCUAGCCAAGCAGAAAGAAAAACGCAUCACCCUGCAGCAAAUUUUAGAAGGUCAGAAGCGUGCUGAAAGGAAAGCUAGAGAUGCUAUCACUGCUCAGACUCUUCCUCCACCAGCACAUGCUGCUGUGGAAGAGGAAGUUGAGGAGUAUGAGGAGGAGGAGGAAGAAGAAGAAGAUGAGGUGGUGUCAGAUGAAGAGGAGGAAGGUAUGGAUGGAGGAGCAGAGAUGGAAGGUAAGACCCUGGAGCCUACACCCUGGGCCCCAGCAGAAACAAAGUUGGAUCCAGAUCGGCUUCACAACAGCAGGAAGCCAAGCAUCGUGGGGAUGAAGACGCGGGACCAGCAAGAGGACAUUGUGGACCUGGACUCGUUUGUCAAUCAGCACUACAAGGCCAAAGUCAUGCAGGUGGCCACCUCUAGCCGCGUCAAACAACGAACCCUGCAGAGGAACCAGGAAGAACAAGACUCCGGCCCCGUAUUCGGGCUUGGGAUGGAACUGGACGCUGGGCUCGGCAUGGUGGGCCUGCAGCCCCUGGAGCCAGACUUCGGUCCCAAUACGAGGAUGCAAAAGCGAGAACUGACGGGCCGCCUCUUUAGCAGCGAGGAGGUCGGGCUGGGCCAGGGAGGUCGCUGGGUGUCCAUGCUGAGCAUUGGCUUCUCCAAAGUGGACAUCAGCCUGUGUGUCAUUCUCUACUUCCUGUCCUCCAUGUGCCUCCUGGCCAUGUAUCUUUUCUUUAGGACACGUGUCAGGCUAAGGCGGGCCAAAGUAUCACUGCCCUGAUCCAAAGUGUCUUCUGGUUAGUGUUAAAGCGGAUGUCUCCGGAUUAGCUUGGCCCACUUAACUGCUUCCCACUGGAGUUGCCACUGGUCACCUGCUGGUAUACAGUAGUUCUGCUGCUCAGGCUAGUUCUGGUAGCUUGCACCGGUUCUAGAGCUUUUCACCCCACUGAAGCAAAUGGAUGUUUAUAUUACAUAUGAAGGAGAAUCUAGUUUUCAUUCUCUUUGACCUUGCAUGAAGGACUUCUUUUUAACACAUGUGACACAUUUGCAGUGAAUGGAAUUACUAGAACUUCUCUAGUGUGAUUUCUAUGAAGUACUUUUUAUUUUUAUUUUUUUUAGUUUUGCAGCAUUUUUGAAUGCUGGUCAUAAUAUUCUGUACAACUGCACAAGUAAUGAAAUCAUGCCUGAAAAAUCCGGCCUUAAAAAAGUGGGGUUCUUUUUAUACAGCUCUUGUAUUGGAGCUUCUGUUCUUCAAUUGAAGAGUUUUUUUUAACUAAACAGUGUUGUUUACUGUUAGUCCCUUUGUCGUGCAACUCCCGUGCUGUGAGACAAUUACGUCAUACUGCUGAGUCGUAAAGACAGAUGCAUCUUUCAGGAAGAGUGCAGGGUGACUUAUGUGUUCAGGUUUUAGGACUGGUUUCGGUUUUGGCUGUGCGCUUGUCCACAGUGCUUAAAUGAUUUUCUUUAUCAUUGAAAACCUUUAUUUUGGAAAAGAGGUCCACACAUACUUUUGUGUUUGUCAGACCAGAUUAUUUUGAAUUUACAGAGAAAGAGAGCAGGUCAUCUGUAUUACAUUGGCUAAUGUGACAUCAGAGUGUUUCUCCAACUUUUCAGGCCUGUGUUGUGCAGGGUGUUGUUGCAUGUGGAAAUAAAGAGAGAAAAAUGGGGUGGAGGCGGCGUUGAAUGAUGACAAGGUUGAAGGAAAAAGCCUGUUGCCAUCUGCUGCGCAGCACAGGCUAAAUCCUAACAAUUUCAUUGGGAUUAAAGCAAGUGAGUAAUCCAGCUUUCCUUUAGGGGGAGAGAUUACCCUGGAGGAUUAGCUCCGUGCAGAUAAUAAACUUUAUUAAAACGCAA